GCCGCACCCUCGCCGAGUGACCCUUGACCCCAGGAAGGGAGGAGAGGCUCCCCCCUGCCCCCGGGGGCGGGGGGGGGGCAUCACCGGGCUCGGGAGGGGUCUCCCCCGCCAUGGCCUCCGAGCUGGGCAUGGGCGGCGAGCUGCCCAGCAGCCCCCUGGCCAUCGAGUACGUGAACGACUUCGACCUGAUGAAGUUCGAGGUGAAGAAGGAGCCGGCCGAGGUGGAGCGGCUGUGCCACCGGCUGCCCCCCGGCUCGCUGUCGUCCACGCCGCUCAGCACCCCGUCGUCCUCGGUGCCCUCGUCGCCCAGCUUCUGCGCCCCCAGCCCGGGCGGCCACGGGCAUCAGCAGCAGCAGCAGCAGCCGCCGCCGCCACCUCCCACGCAACCGCAGCAACCGGGCACGACGGCCGGGCCCGGGCAUCCUGCGGCCGGGGCGGCCGGUCCUAAGCCUCCGCUGGACGAUCUGUACUGGCUGAGCGGCUACCAGCACCACGUCAACCCCGAGGCCUUGAACCUGACCCCGGAGGACGCGGUGGAGGCCCUGAUCGGCAGCGGGCAUCACCACCACCACCACCACCACCACCCGGGCCCGGCCGCCGCGGCCUACGACGCCUUCCGCGGGUUCCCGGCCGGAGGGGGCGACGACCCGGGGUCCGCCCAGCCCCCCGGGCACCACCACCACCACCACCACCACCACCCGGCCCACCAUCACCACCACCAUCACCACGGGCACCACGCGGGGGCCGCCGGCGUUGGUGGGCACCACGUGUCGGGCACCGGGGCGCCGCACCCGGGCCGCCUGGAGGAGCGUUUCUCCGACGACCAGCUGGUGUCCAUGUCCGUGCGGGAGCUCAACCGCCAGCUGCGGGGCUUCAGCAAGGAGGAGGUCAUCCGGCUGAAGCAGAAGCGCCGGACCCUGAAGAACCGCGGCUAUGCCCAGUCCUGUCGCUACAAGCGGGUGCAGCAGCGGCACAUCCUGGAGAGCGAGAAGUGCCAACUGCAGAACCAGGUGGAGCAGCUGAAGGUGGAAGUGGGGCGCCUGGCCAAGGAGAGGGACUUGUACAAGGAGAAAUACGAGAAGCUGGCGGGCAGGGGGGCGCCCCCGCCCCCCCAAGCCGCCCCCACCAGCAAAGCCCCCCCCGACUUCUUCCUGUGA